UUUUGAGGUUUGAAUUUUGACAAAUGACAAGCGAUCCACGAAUCAUCAAACGCUGUGGAAAGUGUAUUGUUUGUAAUAAUUAAUUUAUUGAAAAUAUAUAUUUCCUAUGUCGAAAAGACAGACUGUUUUAUUUUAAAACACGGUAUAUAAAAAACUACCAAAAUUGCUUCCAAAAUGCAAGGCGUGAGUGCUCCUCGUGAGCCCACGCAACAAGUAAUUAGCACAACUUCUACUAUUCUCAAUAUGAGGGAAAAAGAAAAAUAUAUAGAAGACUUCGAUUUUCCUUUUUGCGAUGAAUCUUCUAAAUACGAAAAAGUCGCGAAAAUCGGCCAGGGAACCUUCGGCGAAGUAUUUAAAGCGCGCGCAAGAAACAGUAGCAAAAAAUUCGUAGCCAUGAAGAAAGUGCUGAUGGACAACGAAAAAGAAGGUUUCCCAAUCACAGCGCUGAGAGAAAUUAAAAUUCUACAACUUUUGAAACACGAAAACGUCGUAAACCUAAUAGAAAUAUGCAGAACCAAAGCAACAUUGCAUAACAAGUACAGAUCUACAUUUUACCUUGUCUUUGAUUUUUGCGAACAUGACCUGGCAGGCUUACUGUCUAAUGUUAAUGUGAAAUUUAGUCUUGGUGAGAUAAAAAAGGUCAUGCAGCAGUUAUUAAAUGGUCUCUAUUACAUACACAGCAAUAAAAUACUUCAUAGAGAUAUGAAAGCUGCAAAUGUUUUGAUUACAAAAAAUGGUAUACUCAAACUUGCUGACUUCGGUUUGGCUCGCGCCUUCAGCGUUGCCAAGUCUGGUCAGGCAAACAAAUAUACUAACAGGGUGGUUACUCUUUGGUACAGGCCUCCAGAACUACUUCUAGGUGAUCGCAACUAUGGACCACCUGUAGACAUGUGGGGCGCAGGCUGCAUCAUGGCCGAGAUGUGGACACGGUCACCAAUCAUGCAGGGUCCCACAGAACAGCAGCAGUUGAUCCUAAUAUCACAGCUGUGUGGCUCGUGUACCCCAGAUGUCUGGCCCGGUGUCGAAAACCUUGACCUCUACAACAAGAUGGAAUUACCCAAGGGCCAAAAGAGGAAAGUUAAGGAACGUCUAAAGCCUUAUGUGAAGGAUCCUUAUGGUUGUGAUUUGUUAGACAAGUUACUUCAACUGGAUCCGGCUAAGAGGUAUGACGCCGAUACGGCACUGAACCAUGACUUCUUCUGGACUGAUCCGAUGCCGUGCGACCUCGCCAACAUGUUGGCCCAGCACACGCAGAGCAUGUUCGAGUACCUGGCGCCACCGCGGCGGCCGGGCCACCUGCGGCAUCACCACCACGUGGCGGGCGCCCAAGCCAAGCCCACCCAGCCCGUGCAGGACUCCGGCUAUCAGGACCGCGUGUUCUAACACCGACAGGCUCGUGUUAAAUAUAAGAUGUUGCCGAGCUCGUCUGCAGAGUAUAGGCACCUUUAGUUUAUAAGAUAGCGAGUUUUGUGAGACAUGUUCAGGACUGUAUACUCUAUGACAAUUUGAUUUCAUAUUUUUUUAUGCACGAUAUAUUAUGUCAUGCAAUUAAAUAUUAUCAGGAUUCAUGUCUUUACUUUGAUAGGGUUUUUGCAAAGGACUUUAUUAGCAACUUAUUUGUGAUUCAAUUUCGAACCUCAUGGAAUUACAUUUGUCAUAGACAUUUACUGUACUGAACAACUUAUUUUUUUAUAUAUGUAUAAUUUUGUGACAAAGACCAUUGUCUAGUUCGCCUGGUGUUAUGUGGUUAAGAAUCACACCAGUAGCCACAUUUGCGAAACUUCAUAAUAUCGAAUAAUAACAAUGAUGAUAGUGUAUGGCACUAUAUGGUACACCCGAGAAGAACCUUAAAGUUUUAACAUCACUCUAUGUUCGUUAUGUGAUUGUGAUAGUAACAAUUUAAACACAUCGCCGACGCAGUUCCAACUCAAAUAUUAUACGCAGAAAACACGAUGCAAUCAGUGACAGUACCCAGUAGGGUACUUAUACGUAAUAAAACCGCGCGUCAUUGGUGCGACCCUUGCUAAAAUUGCUAUUAUUUUGUACAAGACAUUAAUACAUAAGUGAAAAGUGUUGUAAAUUCGUCACUAUUCAAAACAAACACGAUAUAUCAGGCGACAGACAGAGCUAAUACUAAUUCUGAGCGGGUGUAUUCGAAUUAGUCGUGACUCGUGAAGUCCCGUGAUUAGAGCACGGCUACUUUGAAUCCAUCCUUCAUCGACGCUCUUUGUUAUGCAUUUUUAUAUUUUUUAAUCAUAAAUUUGUAAAAUAAGGUUGUGUAAACUAUGUCGUAACUAUUUCUUACAACACCUAUUACAUAAAAUAAAUAUAACCUAGUUCGCAUAAAGAAAAACAUAAAAAAAUAUGUCUACUUGAUAGUUAGGUUUAGUAUUAUUGUCUGACAGACUUAUUUAAAAAUUAUUGAACUACUGGACAUAACAUCUCAUGGCACAGGAUGGCGAGCGCAGUAGAAUACCAAACAAUACUUUGUCAUUCACUGUGGUUGGAUGGUGUCUCUACUGUUUUCGCGUAUUGUCAUUCAAAGCAAUAACGAAAAAAAAAUGAAUAUUAUUAAUACGGUAUAUGCCUAAGUUUCAAAAUUUGGUUUUAAAGUUUUCUAAAUGUGUAAAAAUUUUAAUAUUAACGUCUGUUAAAAAUAACAUUACUUUUUAUUAAUAUGGUGAUUAUUGCAAUAUUAGAAGUAUUGUGGAAGAUCAAGCGCGUAGCCAGCCAGUGGGACAUAUUUCAAGAGAAUAAUCAUUGUUAUAUCUAUCAGUUCCUAUUCUAAACUAUUUGUCAAUUUUAUUUUCUUCCUUUUUGUGGCUACACCCUUGUUCUACAAAAGUAUAAGUAUAUGGUUUAUCCCGAGCUAUGAUUUUGUAAAUAGAGUUUUGUCGUUCAUUCAAUGCUCAUUAAUAACCGGGGUGUGAGAUAUGACGCCAGUCUCCAUUUCAUUAUCUAGCAAAGUCGCGCCUUUCAGGGUUACCAUAUUUGUGGACUUGUGGGGUAUAACGUGUUGCGCGACAAAUAUUGCCUAACGAGACUAACGCCUAUAUUCACAAAUGUUGCUUCUAAGGCCAGAGCAUAACAUUGUUAGUCUGUUUCUCAAUGCUAUCGGCGUGGUAGCAUUCGCAGUGUGUAAGCAUAAUAGAGAAAGAGGCGCUGCGAUUGGUUAAUAUUGAAAUAAAUUUUUUUUUCAUACGUAUGUCAGAUAAACAAGUCUGAACAAAGCUAAAGAAAACUAUGAUAUUGCGAUCGGGCGUACUGUAAAUUCUCAUUAUAUUGUUUGUGAAUAUGGGUCAAGUCUCGGCAACAUCGCAUUCCAAUAUUUAUUCAGAUCAUAAAUUGAGAAGCUUUUAGAAUGUUACUACAAACAGGGAUAUUUUAUGUUAUGGACUGGGAUAGGGAUACUUUUAGAAAGAAGUAUGACUGAAAAAUAUAUUAGUCUUUUGUAAAUACUCAAA